AUGGAUCACUCAAUUCAACGCCUGUUGAAUGACAAGCUUUAUGAUCGGAGGAAGCAGGGGGCUUUGGAGCUCGAAAAAGUCGUCCGCGAUGCCGUAUUCCGGGGCGAACACGAGGAGAUCCAGAAGAUCGUCGACCAGCUUUGCCAUGACUACGCUUACGCCGUACACCAACCGCAUGCGAGAAACGGUGGUCUGAUCGGGUUGGCCGCCGCCUCUAUUGCACUCGGAUCUGAGGGAGUUGCGCCGUAUUUGAAGGAAAUCGUACCCCCGGUCCUGGCAUGUUUUUCCGAUCAGGAUGCCCGCGUCCGAUAUUACGCUUGUGAGAGCAUGUACAACAUCGCCAAGGUUGCGAAAGGCGAGGUUCUGUUGUUCUUUAAUGAGAUAUUCGAUGCGCUCUGUAAAUUAGCGUCCGAUUCCGAACUCUCCGUCAAAAAUGGCGCAGAGCUUCUUGAUAGACUGGUCAAGGAUAUUGUGUCGGAGUCUGCUGCCUCCUAUGUAUCGAUUUUACAGCUUUCUGAGAAGCAAAACUUUGACUCUGAAAGCGUGGAGGAAGUAGAUCUGCCAACCGCCUUCUCGCUCCCGAAAUUCAUCCCUCUCCUAAAAGAGCGCAUCUUUGUGAUCAGCGCGUUCACUCGCAUGUUUCUAGUAUCUUGGCUGACACUGUUGGAUACGAUUCCGGAUUUGGAACUCGUUUCUUAUCUGCCAGAGUUUCUAGGCGGGUUGAUCAAAUUCCUGGGUGACACUAACAGAGAUGUGAAUGUUGCCACCCAAGCCCUGCUCGACAGGUUUCUUUCGGAGAUCAAGAGGAUCGCACGACUCAAAAAGGGGAUUGAAGAGAGCCGAAAAGACCAGGGAAGCGACAAUAGACAGUCAGGCACGAGUGACAGCGCCAGCACAACCACUACGACGACGCAGACCGUUGCCGUUGAAACGGAAAGCAAUGAGAAUGCCGUGGAAGAUUCCGAUUCGGAAUCUAUCAUUGAUGAUGGGGGAUUGCAGGUUGAUGGCGACUGGAUUCCCGGGCAAGAUGUCCAGAUUGAUCAUGCGAGGAUAUUGGAGAUCCUCGUGGGUUUCGUCAACACCUCUUUCGACGAGGAGAUGCAAUUGACCGCACUCCGCUGGAUUGAUAACUUUUUCGAGAUCAGCCCCGAAGAUAUUCUGCCCUUCGUGCCGCGUCUUCUGACCCAGGUACUCCCAGCAAUGUCCAGCGGUUCGGAUCAGGUGCGGCAGGCCGCAAACAGAGUGAACACAUCUCUACUCGAAUACAUCGUCACUUUGUCAGAAGACACGUCAGACGAAAUUCAGCAAUCCAGCUCGAAAGCGUUGCCCACGAGUAAGGAAUUUGUCGAGAGGAGAGCCUCCACGCCUAGCAGUAAGCUUACCGACGCAUCAACAGCCGACUCGAGGAAACAGUCUAUACAACCAGAAUCUUCGACCGAGCAAACGCCACGAAGUAGUAUUGAGUCCACCCCGGCGCUAGUCCCGCCAGCAGAUCUUGAUUACGCCGCGGCCGUCAAUUCACUCACCCUUCAGUUCCUCAAUGAGAACGAGGCCACCAGAGUCGCUGCACUCUCGUGGCUGAUUAUGCUACACCGUAAGGCUCCGAAGAAAGUGGUGGCAUUUAACGAUGGAACUUUUCCCGCCUUGCUCAAGACACUGUCGGAUCCGGCCGAGGCAGUUGUCACGAAAGAUCUUCAGCUCCUCUCACAAAUAUCACGGAAUAGUGAUGAUAGCUAUUUCAAAUCGUUCAUGGUCAACCUGCUGCAGUUAUUCUCUACGGAUCGGGGCUUGCUCGAAGUCCGAGGCAAUCUUAUCAUUCGGCAACUUUGCAUGAACCUGAGCCCCGAGCGUAUCUAUCGAACCCUGGCAGACUGUCUCGAGAAAGAAGAGGACAUUGAGUUUGCCAGCAUCAUGGUCCAAAAUUUGAACAACAACCUGAUCACCGCGCCAGAGCUUUCAGAUCUUCGCAAACGACUCCGGAAUUUGGAUUCAAGGGAGGGUCAAAUGUUCUUUGUGGCUCUGUUCAGAUCCUGGUGUCACAAUGCCGUUUCUACAUUUUCUCUGUGCCUUCUAGCCCAGGCAUAUGAACAGGCCUAUAAUCUUCUUCAAGUUUUUGCUGAACUCGAAAUGACCGUCAACAUGUUAAUCCAAAUCGACAAGCUAGUGCAAUUGCUCGAAUCUCCCGUUUUUACCUACCUUCGCCUCCAACUCCUCGAGCCAGAGAGAUACCCCCACCUAUACAAAUGCCUCUACGGAGUCCUCAUGCUCCUCCCGCAAAGCUCCGCCUUUGCCGCGUUGAAAAACCGCCUCAACAGUGUCAGCAACAUCGGUCUUCUUCACACCGGUCCUCGACUAACAAGCACAUCCUCCUCAUCAGCCACCUCAUCCUCCACCACCCCCUCCUACGAACGCCCAACAGGCCGCCUCAAGCGCGAAGACUCCUCCAUCCGCUGGGUCGAACUCCUCGACAAGUUCAAAUCCGUACAAGAAAAAGCCCGCCGCUCACAACAACGCGCCUCCUCCCAACGACCCUACGACCUGGACGGUCCCUCCUCCUCCGGGUUCCAGAAUCCGUCCCUAGCAGCCGCCCUCAAUGACCCCGCCCAGCGGCAAUCCAGGGAUAAGACCCUCCCUGAUACGCCGCGUGGAGGACUUGGGGGCGUUGAGGGAAAGGGGAAUCCAGGCGGCUCGGGUGCGUCUGGUACUGGUGCCGGGGGAGCGGAGUCUGCGCAGAGAGGAUCACUUUUGGGGGGCUCGCAUCGACAUAAAUCUAGUUUGCCGAAUUUGGGGAGGUUGGGGAUUGGGGGGAAGAAGUUUAAGAGAUAG